AUGGUACAUUUGAAUAGAACAACAUCAACAAGCAACGUUCCACAAGGAGCGUCGCAAUCCCGAACUGGCAAAGCAAAUGCCGUAUCUAGGAAAGGAAUUGAAACGCAUGGAAAAAAAACAUGCAGGUCCUUCUUCUCCAAAACAGCUGCUAUGCUUUUUGUUGUUUCUGCUUACAUCUUCCUAAAGCACCAGGAUGACAUUGGAACAAACAGCACGGCUGCUUCCACAUUACAAGCAAUGAACAAUGUUGCUAGAAAUUUAGCCGGGACAAUAGAAGAAGCAGCUCCAUCAGAAGAGGAACUUGAAUUAGAACAGACGGAAUUGCCACAAGGUGAAGAUGCAGAAGAACCAUUAUAUUCUGACCAACAGUUGGAGGAAAGAGAAAAAGAAGAUGAUUAUGGACAGGAAGAAGAAGCUAUUCCAGAAGAAAGGACACCAGAGGAGCAAGAGGAGCAAGAGGUACAAGAAGAAGUGCAUUAUGAUGGAGAAGGAAACAUAAAACACGAUUCAAAGGAAGAAGACAUCCAUGAAUCUAUAGAAUCGUUCGAUAUUCCUCAGGAACCAAUCGUUCAGGCACAGAAAGAAGCUGCGCAGUACAAAACACAGUUUUUUAGGGGACAAACAUAUGUUCCUUCGGGAAAAACAAGAACCCCUGAGGGAGAAACAACUGAGGAAUCAGAUGACAAAGUAGUGUACACAAGACCUUACAUGCUAAGUAGUGACAUAUCUCCUGUUAUCCUCCAGACCCUAAAAACUUUUAGAGCGAUAUAUGAGCUCGAGACACCGCAGAUGGAGUACAGUAAUUGGCAAAAACUUGUGUACAAACACGCAGGAUACAGAAAAGAAGAAUAUGAAAACUUAUUAAAACAACAUAACACAAGACCAUCAAAAUAUAAUGAACAAGAUCAUACACAUAAAAGGGAUGAAUUAUUAUCUGGGGAUUCUAGACCAUCAGACAGACAUGAAGACUAUAGCUCGAUUGCAUUCAACUACGAAAUGUCCUGUUUCGAUGAAAGAUUGACGGAUUCUGAUAUAGAUGAAAAAUUAGGACAAAUUGAAGAAGAACCUCAUAAAUCGGAAUUACUCUCCCUAUACUGGCAAUCAUACAGAAAUGAAAGACAUAAAUAUGGUGACCUUAAAAAAUCUCUGCUAAACACAUUCUUACAAUUGCAAAAAAAACAAAAUGUUGCAACUAUACAAAUAUAUAACGACAAAUGGAGUGAAUGUGAAGACAUAUUUUAUAAUAACUUGACAAAACAGAAUGAACAUGUUAAUAGUGUAUUUCGUACCAUGCUUGCAAAGGAAAAAUUGAGCACAUAUGAAUUCGAGGAGAUUUUAUAUGACAUUAGAGAAUCAUGGAAAGAAAUGGCCCUUAAGACAACGAACGAAUGUAUAGCCUUUCUUAAAGAACCAAUUUACUUAGAAGCCGUAUACGUCAAGGAGGACCCGUAUUAUAUGAGAAAAGGAAUUUCAGGUUUUAUUCCUGUGGGUCCCGCUCAAUAA